UUGAUGGAUAGUUCUACGUAUUUUCCGCCUCUGGCUCAUGGAUCUCCUGUGUUCACAGUCCUCGGGGUCGCGGUUGUAUUUCUUAUAAUCAUUUUCGGACUCGUUGGUAACUUCGGCAUUUGUGCUAUGGUUUAUACCCAUCGUCAUUUACAAACAAUACCGAACUACCUGAUUGUAAACCUUAGUGUGUCAGAUCUUCUCCGGAUUUUUUUCACUCUCUCUGUCUCUGCGGGUGUUCUUAUUAAAAGGCGAUGGGUUUUUGGCGACGCGUUUUGUCAUGUAAACGGUUCCUACACCCUCGUAUUCCUGGUUGCUUCUCUUAUGUCGGUGACGCUCAUAAGUGUGAACAGAUACUUUUUAAUCGUGCGAGCAAACGAAAGCUCUACGUUUUUCAGUCUGCGACGGACCAAAGUUAUGCUUUUCACUCUUUGGUUUCUGGCCGUCUUCAUUGCCAUUCCGCCAAUUUUAGGGUGGGGCCACUACGGUUUCUUCGCCUCACGCGCGACUUGUUUUAUAGCAGUGGGAAGCAGUUACUCAUACACAAGUUUUCUAGUGAUAACAUUCAUCACAACACCGUUCUCUGUGCUCAUCUGGUGUUACGUGAAGAUCUACAAAGCCAUGAAGAGGAGCAAAAACCGUGUUGAAUGCAUCCGAACACUACCAGUCAACAUUAGUUCGGAAAACGCCGAAAGAUUGAAGAAAGAGGUUAAUGUUGCCAAGACAGUCCUCUUGCUGAUUGGCGUAUACAUCAUCACGUGGAUUCCGAUCUGCGUUAUUCACUUUCUACGUGUGGCCCGUAUCGGAAACAUUCCAGACUCAGUUGACCUGUCAGCGGCUUUCCUCAUGAGUUUAAGUUGCGUGACAAACCCUUGGAUCUAUGGCUUCAGGCACACUCAAUUCCGUGACCAGGUCAGAAGGCUGUUAUGUAUGAAAACUCAUGUGAGAGAUGUGGAAGUGCAACCAAGUCGCCAAUAG